AUGAAGUGGCUGCCGCUUCCUAUUUUGGUCCUUCCCCUGUUCUGGCCCACCCAUGCCGAAGACAACGGAUGCGAUGGCAUCUGCGGGAGGCGUCCCCUGGCGCCCAGCCAUGGUGGUACGAUGCGGAUUAUUGGAGGCACGGAUUCUUUGCCGGGGACGUGGCCUUGGCUCGUCAGCAUCCAGCUACCAUCUGACCAUGGGUACAUGCAUAGCUGUGGAGGUUCCCUCAUCAGCUCUCGUUGGGUUGUCACUGCAGCUCACUGCUUCUUAAAUAAAAGGUUUCUAGAACAUUGGAAGCUGGUGAUUGGGGCUACCCAGCUCUCCCAGCAGGGGCCCGAUGCCCAGGAGCGCACCAUCAAGAAUCUGGUGGAGCACGAGCACUACAACCGCCACAACCACUUAAACGACAUCGCCCUGAUGGAGCUGAGCCAUCCCGUUAACUGCAGCGAUUACAUCCAGCCCGCCUGCUUGCCCAGCAAGGAAGUGGAGGUUUCGUCACUGACUCACUGCUACGUCAGUGGCUGGGGAGUGACAGAUUUGACAAAGCCAAUGCAGACGUCCGACAUCCAGCAGGAGGCCAAGGUGAACCUCAUCCCCUUGGACACAUGUAACAGCAGCGGAUGGUACAGCGGUAAAAUCCAUUACAACAAUAUCUGUGCCGGACAUGAGCAAGGAGGCAUUGACAGCUGCCAGGGCGACAGCGGCGGCCCCCUCAUGUGCAGGGAAGCGAGGUCGGAGCGCUUCUGGGUUGUCGGCGCCACCAGCUGGGGCUCCGGCUGUGCCAGAGCCCGGAGGCCCGGAAUCUACUCUUCGACGCAACACUUCCUUGAGUGGAUCAAAGGGGUUACCAAGGAGGAGUUCUUCACGCCCAUUCGCCCCAAACCUGCAAGGCCGACGCCAAAGCCGAUACCAAAGCCGACGGCGAAACCGUGGCAGCCCCAUAUACACCUGCAGGUGACGGGCUGGCAGCUUCCUUGGUCCAAACCGACUAGGCCAAUCCCAACACAGCCGCCUCCCGUGUGGCAGCCGGCCGUCUACCCAACCGCAGCCCCGCAGUUUGUGGACUGGUACAACACGCCCCCCACGCCCACAGCACCUCCUUUCUUGACAACCCCUCCCACUUGGCCACAGCCAGUGCAGCAACCGCUGUGGAGCUCCCCGUAUGUGAACACUCAGUGGUGGGCGACUCCUGCGAUAACAAGGCCCCCGCCUCCGCCUCCGCCUCCGCCAGCACUGACUGUACAGCAGUACCAGACGUUGAGCAAGUGGGGGCUGACUAGACCUACCCCCAGAACGAGGUACCCAGGUCCAUCAUAUGUGGGACAGCAGUACCAGAACUGGAACCUUGGGUUGACCAGGCCGCCCCCAAGAACAAGGCCACCACCACUAAUAACGCAGAAGUGGUACAGGCCCACUGCGCAAGGGGGUUACUAUUGGGGCCCAAAGUGGUCCAAGGCCCGCAACUAGCCCAAACAACUUUAG